AUGUUACCAAUAGGAAUGGUUUCGCAGGUUCCCUUCGAGUAUAUGCAUCUCGUAUGCCUGGAAGUUAAAAAAUUAUUAUCUGCAUGGAUAUAUGGCAAAUAUUCACGAUUUUCAAAGUUGUCUGCAACAUCUAUUACUGCCAUAUGUACACAAUUGGAAAGACUUACAGUUUAUUGCCCAUCCGAUUUUGCAAGACGUCCUAGAUCAUUCAAAGUAUGUACGAAAUACAAAGCGACAGAAUAUCGUCAAUUUCUGUUAUACAUAGGUCCAGUGGUAACAUACGGUAUUCUCCGACAAGAAGUGUAUGCACAUUUUUUAUUUUUACAUGUGGCAAUAAAAAUUCUAAUUUCCACGUCGCCUUCAGAGGCAUAUUUGAAUUUCGCAAAUGCUGCCUUGCAAAAAUUUGUUGUUAGAUCUCAAUAUAUUUAUAGUCCAACGUUUAAUUCUUACAAUGUACAUGGUCUUAUUCAUCUUAUGAGUGACGUGCGACAAUUAGGUCCUGUCGAUUCAUUUUCUGCUUUCCCGUAUGAAAAAAUAUGACAUUGUUUAGGAAAUUGUGUAGGAAGCCUGAUUUUCCCCUCCAACAAAUUUC